AUGUCCGUCCAGACCUACGACAUUCCCGGCUUCCUCUACGCGGCCGUCGUGUUGAGCGGCGGCGCCAUGGGCUUCAUCAAGAAGGGCUCCGUUGCGUCUCUCGCUGCUGGCGGUAUCUCGGGCGUGCUUCUGGGCUACGGCGCGUGGGACCCCAAGGACGUCCGCAUCUCCAUCGCUGUCUCCGCCAUCCUUGUCCUUGUUAUGGGUUCGAGGUUCGCUCGCUCGGGCAAGUUCAUGCCUGCUGGUCUUGUCUCGGUAUGUCUCUGCUCGCCCAGUCCUUCCAUCCCUAACGUGUGCUUCGACUAUUAG